CUGACACUCCGCUGAUAUAAGCAAGCGCGCCCCCGCUUUUCCCGAAGCUGAGAAUUAUCACGUCUCAAUCACAUCUCUUCCUCAAUGCUUGCCUCCUUCAGAACAACAGGCUCGUUGGCCCGACGGGCAGCAUCUGCCGGUCAAAGGCGUUUCCUUUCGAUUCAUGAAUACCAGUCGGUGAAUCUACUAAACUCGUAUGGCAUACCAACACCAAAGAGCAUCGUUGCAAAGUCUCCUGAAGAGGCCUACAGCGUCGCUCAGAAUUUUGGCACAGACAAACUCGUGAUUAAGGCACAAGUGCUUGCCGGUGGCCGGGGAAAAGGAAAAUUCGACAAUGGCUUCCAGGGUGGUGUGCAUACCGUCGACAAUCCACAGCAAGCACAGGAAUAUGCUGGCAAGAUGAUUGGUUCAAAACUCAUCACGAAACAAACUGGUGCUGGUGGUAGAAUCUGCAAUGCUGUUAUGCUUGCUGAGCGUCGUGAUCCUUCCCACGAAUACUAUGUUGCUGUACUAAACGACCGUGUUACCCAAGGUGUUGUUCUUGUCGCGUCCAAUCAGGGAGGCAUGAACAUCGAGGAAGUUGCUGCGACUAACCCUGGUGCUAUCAUUACGACUCCCAUCGACUUCGAGAAGGGUUUGAGCAAGUCGACGGCCCUUGAACUUGCCAAAACUCUUGGGAUCAAAGAAGGUGGUCAAGAGGAAGCGGCAAACAUUUUCAUCAACCUGUACAAGAUAUUCAAGGACAAGGAUGCCACUCAAAUCGAAAUCAACCCCAUGUCAGAGACUGUCGAUGGCCAUGUACUUUGCAUGGAUGCCAAAUUCGGCUUCGAUGACAAUGCCGAGUUCCGCCAUGAGGAUAUCUUCGCGCUUCGCGAUAUCUCGCAGGAGGAGCCAUCAGAGGUUGAAGCUCAGAAGGCCGGUUUGAACUUCAUUAAGCUCGAUGGUAGCAUUGGUUGUUUAGUCAACGGUGCUGGAUUGGCCAUGGCCACGAUGGACGUUCUGGCCCUACAUGGCGGCAAUCCCGCCAACUUCUUGGAUGUCGGGGGAGGUGCCACCCCCGAGACGGUCAAAAAAGCCUUCGAGAUUCUUCUCUCUGACCCUAAGGUCAAGAGUAUCUUCAUCAACAUCUUCGGUGGUAUCAUGCGCUGCGAUUACAUUGCCGAGGGCGUCAUCAAAGCAACCAAAGAGCUCGGUCCUUACUAUUCCAUUAGUCGUCAGAUUGAAGGGAACGAUGGAAACGGAAGCGAAGGAGCGUCUGGUCUGAAAAUAGUUGCAUUGGACAGCCUUGAUGAAGCUGCUGAGACUGCUGUGCAGCUGGCAGUUUAGAAGUAGAAGUCACUUAGAUUACUCACUUGCUUAUAAGUUAUUGUGAUGAGCUGCGGACCUCAUACCCGUGGAUU